CGUGACUCUCCGUUAAUUCUGACACGCAACAGAUACACAUACGUGUGCAUCAGUUGUCCAAAUGCACUUUCUGCACAUUUGCACAAACUUUUAUUGCAACAUGACAGUUACUUAAAGCUUAAAGCAUUUUAAUGGUUGUUUGUUAGGUGAACUGUUUAAUAUUUUCAACUAUUUCAUGAAACGCAUUAACGGUUACAGUUAACGUUAGGUCAAUGGAGUCGGUCUCGUUUACUCUCGUCUUCCUCUCGGUUGUCCAUGUCGUUUGGUCUCAGUUAGAGGAUGUGAUUAUUGAUCGAUACUCGAUACCGAGGCACUGUCCGAGAGAGGUUCAGAUCGGAGAUUUUGUUCGGUAUCACUAUAACGGAACAUUCACUGACGGACGAAAGUUUGACUCGAGUCUGGAUAAAGGCUUUCCAUUUGUGGGCCAGGUUGGUGUGGACUCUAAAGUCAUUCCUGGCCUGGAUAAAGGACUCCUGGGAACGUGUGUAAACGAGCGGAGAAAGAUUACUGUGCCGUCUCUCCUGGCUUAUGGAGUUUUGGGAGCAGGUUCUGUUAUCCCACCUGACACAACACUAGUGUUUGAUGUCCUUUUGCUGGAUUUGUGGAAUAAAGCAGACACAGUUCAAAUACGAGUACUGCACAGACCACAGAAGUGCAAGCGAGCAGUGACCUCCACUGAUUUCGUCCGAUAUCAUUACAAUGGAUCACUGCUGGUGGGAACCUUGUUUGGCUCCAGCCAUCAUCUAAAAUCAACAUAUGACACGUAUGUUGGACAGGGCAAUCUGAUCAAGGGCAUGGAGGAAGGCAUUCUGGGCAUGUGUAUUGGGGAGAGGCGAUCAGUUAUUAUCCCACCUUUUCUGGCUUAUGACAGCAAAGGAUAUGGUACAAAGGUUCCUCCACAUGCGACAGUAAUUUUUGAUGUGUUACUGGUGGACGUGUUUAAUGUGAAGGAUGAUGUGACGAUUGAAGUCGAAGAGAUUCCUCAGCCGUGCAGGAGAAGAGCAGCUGUAGGAGAUUUCGUCCGGUACCACUAUAAUGGGACAUUUCAGGAUGGGACUCUCUUUGAUUCUAGUUACUCUCGUAACAGCACUUACAACACGUUUAUUGGUAAGGGUUAUGUGAUUCAUGGCAUGGAUAAAGCCCUACAGGGUGUAUGUGUGGGUGAGCGGAGACGUGUGACUGUGCCACCUCAUCUGGGCUAUGGAGAAAACGGAACAGGUGAAUUGAUUCCUGGAUCUGCAGUUCUCAUCUUUAGCGUUCACAUCAUUGACAUUCACAAUCCUAAAGACGGACUGGACAUCAAAGUGACGUACAAACCUGUAGACUGCAACCUGACAAGUGCUGUGAAUGACAUGAUUCUGUACCGGUACAACUGCUCUAUGAUGGAUGGCACAAGACUUUACUCCUCAGAUGAUUACCCAGAACCGCCUCGUGUGACGCUUGGUCAGGGGAAGUUGAUCUCUGGUCUGGAUGAAGGUCUACAGGGCAUGUGUGUGUUAGAGAGGAGAGAGAUCAUUGUACCACCUCACCUCGCACACGGCACCAACGGAGGCUCAGGGGUUCCCAGCAGUGCCGUGUUGCUCUUUGAACUGGAGUUACUGGAGUUGCAGCGGGGCGUUCCUGAUGGUUUUCUGUUCAUCUGGCUGCAGGACAGUCCUGAGCCACUCUUUCCUGCCAUGGACAUCAACAAUGAUCACAUGGUCCCACUGGAAGAGUUUAUUACGUUCAUCAAGCUUCAGGUCGCUGAAGGCAGAGGUCGUAUUCUUCCAGGAGCAGACGUUGAUGUUGUCAUAAAGGAGAUGUUCAAAAAUCAAGACCGCAAUACAGAUGGCAAAAUCACUGAAGAUGAACUGAACGUCGCAGAGGAGAAAGCAUCUAAACAUGAAGAACUAUAAGAAUAGCUCCACAUAGGUCACGGUGAAUGAGAUUUGAACUUUGUGAUGCAAACCCAUUAUAAAGUGAUUGUUAGUGUUUUUAGUACACAACAGGUCACAUUCAGCCAUGAAAUAAUUGCACUGUAAAAACAAUGUUUUUGUUGCAGUAUCAAUAACGGCUUGCCAGAGAUGUGGAUGUUACUUUCACAUUCUGCAUGUAUGACUAUGUAAACAGGUCAAGUCUAAUAUAACCUUUUCUAUUAAAUAUUAUCCAAUUAAACAA